ACAGCAGAAGGACUAACUGAUGACCGCUUGAACUCGUGUAGGAAUAUUUGCUAGGUUGCAGGAAAAUUAACAUUUAUUUUCGGGAUUCUUCUGAUUCCACUAUGGUCGGAUCGACGUCGAUUCUUCAUUCUAGGAACAGAACAGCCGGCCAUUUGUCCAAAUAUGGCACUCUGGCUGUCCCGGGAAACUCCACCAGUGCUCCUCCAUAUGAAUGGGAAUACUACUUCGAUUAUCUUGACCCUGUGUUUGUGGAUGAGAGCCAGCUGAAAUACCAUAAAUACUCAAUUGUCAUAAUGCUGUGGGUAACUCUGGCAGCUUUUGUGGGAUUUCUCUUUCUGGUUUUGAGUCUGAUGUCCCUCAGUGUGAAGUUGCCAAAGAUACGCAAAUCCAGAGUUAAGCGACGCCACAAAAGCCUAGCUGCUUUACCACAGGCUGAUUCUGGAGGUUAG